AAAACGCGGUAAACCUGUCACUUCCACUUGGAAAUAACCUUCACAGCGGGUGGGGCCACCACGUGAAUAAUUUUUACUCUAAAACACCUUGGGAUUCUUUCUCUCUUCACACACUCUCACUAUUCUGUGUGUCUCCGUCUUUCCAAGUCUCCACAACAUAAGUCAUCACAAUCUCAAACAUCAACUUUUAUUCACUCUUUCACUCUUCUUCUUCCUUUCUUUUCUUUAUUUCAAUCAAUUAAAACGAUUCAUAUUCAUUUUCCCAUCUUACGUCCCAUCAUUCAUUUCCUUCCUUCUCCCCUUUCUUUCUCUCUCUCUCUCUCUCUCUCUUUCCUUUUCAAUUUCAACUCCUACGCUCCAAAAAAAGACCAAAAACAAUACCCUUUCUCUCUCUCUCUCUCUCUCUCUCUUUUGAGUUUUGAGCUACACCGAAGGUUGAAGAAGAAGAAGGAAAACAAAAAAAAAAAAGAAAAAAAAAAGAGAAAAUUAACCCAUCCUUGCCUUCCUGAAAUCAAAGUAUUAAUAGUAGUCCCCCGUUCUCCUGCACAGAAACCAAACAGUGAAAAAUAAGACUACUGUUUUUUGGUGACCCCUUCUUGACUCAGACUCUACAGUGUUUUUAAUUUGGCGAAGAUCUUUUUACUAAAAAAAGAAGGAAACUCCGAUUUCCUUAUGUCCCUUGUAUUAUUAUUACUACUCCUACUAUUUCCAUACACAAUCACUAGUACUACUAGUAGUCAAGAAUUACCCCAUCACUUCACCGAUUUCAGCUGAUCAUCUUUUGUUCACUUUCCGGAUGGAUUCCGCAUCUGGCGGCGGCGGAGCCGGAGGAGGAGGACUGGAUGUAAGCGGCGGAGGAGAGGCCGGCCCAUCAUCCGUGACCGGAGGUGGUGGCGGUGGCGUAGAGAGAACUGUUGUAGUAGGAGGAGGAGGAGGAGGGUCAACGGCGGCGCCGCCGCCACCGAGUCGUUACGAGUCACAGAAACGACGGGACUGGAACACUUUUCUACAGUACCUGAAAAACCACAAGCCGCCGCUAACGUUAGCCAGGUGCAGCGGAGCUCACGUGAUCGAGUUUCUGAAGUACUUGGAUCAGUUCGGGAAGACUAAGGUGCACGUGGCGGGUUGCCCCUAUUUCGGGCACCCGAAUCCGCCUGCUCCAUGUCAGUGCCCACUUAAGCAAGCCUGGGGCAGCCUAGAUGCCUUAAUCGGACGGCUCAGAGCCGCCUACGAGGAAAACGGUGGACGGCCCGAAUCCAACCCGUUCGGUGCUCGGGCCGUCAGGAUUUACCUCAGAGAAGUUAGAGAAAGUCAAGCCAAGGCUCGCGGGAUACCGUAUGAGAAGAAGAAACGGAAAAGACCGUCAUCAGCGUCGACAACGACUUCUUCCGCCGCCGCAUCGCUGGCUCCGCCAGAAACUGCUGCCGACGUUGGUGGCGGUGCUGCUGAUGCCGGUGCUAAAACAACCACCGUGGCUGUCACAACAACGACAGUAUAAUAGUAAAUUCUUACUAGUACGUAAUUUCUCAAUUUUUUUCCUUCUUUUUCUUCCUGCCCGACCAUUAUUAUUAUUAUAUCUAGCUUAAAUUAUAAAUAUAUGUAUACUACAAAAAAAUCCUUUAGCAUUCCUUCAAAAACUGUGAUCAUGAGAAUUAAUUUUCUUAUUUCAUGAAGGAACACAUUGGGGUGCAUAUUUUUUUCUUCCUUUCUCGAUUCUUUUUAUAAAUUUUUAAGUUGAUUAGGAUCAUUGAAGUUUCAACGUUUCUUUGAUAUUCUUACAUAUAUAUAUAUAUAAUAAUUCCUUUAAAGCAAACUUUUUCCUUCUUUUGGCUCUAGAGAAAUUUGCGCAUAACCCCUUGAGGCUUUAUCUAUCUUUGUUUAUCUAUAAUAUGUUGUCGUUUUUUUUAACGUUAACCAUUUUGAAGGGAUCAGAAUCAUUCAUUUCAUGCUGAUACGCCACGGAGAUAGUAACUGGCUAACUGUAGCUGCUUUGGAAAUUAAUAAAUAGUUAAGUAUUAAUUAUGUCUUUCGUCCAAAAAAUGCUAUAUCAUUUUUGUGAUGACCCUUUACCAGUAAUUACUAUGUCUGUUCAGGAGUAAAAUUGCAGUGUUUAUAGCUUUCAUCUCCGAUUUAACAUGGGAUUUGAGGAUCCAUCGAUCCCAAUCCACCACACUUUGAUUCAAACAAAGUUUUUAGUGCAUUACUUGAAAUGUAUAUAAACGAGCCACUCACAAGUCACAACCGUACAAUUUCAUAAUUUGAUUCCAUGUAUAUAUAUAUAUGGUUUGAUUAUAGAGAGAAUAUUAUUAGAUCCAGGUACAAGCUAACAACUCCUCUUCAUUUUGAUCAUCAUCAUUGGAUGCAUUCUCUUUUUCCUUUCUUAUAUGUUCUUUUUUACGACUUAUUCGUUGUUUUUUGGGAUCCCACUUUAACUACGUUUGGUCAGUAGUAGGUCUGUCUAUAUAAGCAUUAUAUGAAUUAUGAAGCAUUCCACAUUUGGUGUUGGCUUUUUUUAAAAAGAAAAAGGUGGGAAAAAUUUUGGUCACUUCUUUUUUCUUCAAUCAAAGAGGGGGAGAAGAAUAACUCCAAAUAGCAACAAAAUUAAAAACAAUAUAUAUUGUUGGUUCUGUGAAUCCCUCUACUGGACUUCUUUCUCUGUGUAGAGUACUACAGUUCGUCCUGGUUUAUUUAUCAUCGAUCCAUCUGAUCUGGUCCAGCUUUUCGUAAAUUUGGUUGCCUUUAGGACCAUGCAAAAUCUACAACCUUUUUUUUUUUUUGGAGGGGUACGGUAAUAUGCGCACGUGGGUCUCGCAUUGAUAUAGUACAUUGAUCCACAUCCAUCAUACACAUAUUCGCUGCACCUUUUUUGGUUGUUUUUUUUACUCUUUUUCUGCUACAGCUUCAGGUGUUUUUGGCUUUCUUGUUCUAUACUAUUCUAUUCUUCUG